CGUCCGUCAACACCGGCAUUCCGCUGUGAAACGGAAAUCACUCUCUGAUAUGGCGACGCAAAUGCGUCGAUCAGCUAGUGAACUCGAACUCAGCAAAAGGAAAUCCACUUCUUCAAUCGAGGUCAGUAAGCGGGCACAACUGACUGACAUCGACAUAAGCAAAUCAACUGUGCCAAGCUCUCUGGCGCAGGACAGCGGAUACUCAAGGAUGGCGCCAGCAACCGGGCUCGAGCCGAGUCAAGUAGACUCGAAGAGGAGGCUAUUGAUACUGGUUGUCGCAGCCACCUUGGUUUUAGUCGUGGUAUUCACUUGCAUCAUCGCUUACACAUUUUCCAUCUCGACCGGAAAGACUGUGGGGAUCUGCGUCUCCGACUCGUGCAAGGAACACGCCAAGCGGCUAUUGAACUCGAUAAACAACAGCGUCGAUCCUUGCAAGAACUUUUACGCGUUUGUCUGCGACGGCUGGAAGCGAGAGUUUCCCACACUUUCUGUCCUUGAGAAAAUGAACCAGGACGCCAAGAAAGAUGAGAUCAAGGAGCUGAACGCCGACCUGUGGCACAUCGGGAAACCAACCCAGCUGUACCAAAAGUGUAUCGACCCUCGUAAUUCGCACUUAGAGUUGAAUGUUGAGACGCUCAACCGUUUUAUGGAUAUACUUGAGGUCCUCUGGCCCUUUAAAGAUUUAGACGAUGUCUUAUACCACCCGCUACAAGUAAUGCUCGACAUGGCGGCACGCUAUGAUGCCGGCUUUCAGUUCCACCUAGAGGUUGCAAACAGCAAAGUCAUUGGCCACAUUUUGAUAUUCCGCAGGCGAUACAAUAGCGUGGUAUGGAAACAUCGCCUUGAGAAUCCCAUGACCUCAGAGGAAUACGCAAUCGUCGUCCAUGAUCAUUUAGUCACCCUGGGCGUAAAGAACAUGCAGUACGAUGCGGCACUCCUGCGCAAGCUUGAGAUAUUCUUCACUGAAGCCACCCAAUAUGAUAAGAACAAAGGCGAGCAGUGGUGGUUGGCCAUCAGUGACCUCGAUGCCAAGACACCGAACAUAAGGACAGCACAGUGGUACCCACUCCUCAACAGCCAAUACCUCAAUACACUCGCACGUCGAUGGAAUCCUAAGGACUGGGUCGUAAUUGAAGACUCCCUCAUCCUGACAAAGCUCGACGAACUCUUCCACACGUUCAAUGACUCGGAGAUUUUCAUGGGCACUGCCUGGAUGUUUAUCCAGUCUCACCUUUGGGUGGCGGCUGGGAAACCAGAGCUCAUGCUCCGGAACAACGUCGAAGAGAUAAAGCAGCUUGCCUGCCUGGAGUACGUGAACUCUAUUUUCGGGCUUCUCACCUCCACCGAAUACUUAACGCGAGUCUACCCGACGAACGAGAUACGCCGCGGUGUCUACAGCUUCAUGCAAAGUGUCAAAAACGAAUUCAUAUCGACAGUGAAUAGAACCGCUUGGAUCGACCGCGAAAUUGCUGAAAAGGCGGUACGCAAGAUAAAAAACACCGAUUUGAACAUCUUGCCAUCCGAGCAGUUCUUCGUUUCGCUUCAACGCACCACUCUUUACGGGCGAUUUCCUGAUAUCAGUACAUUUUCAUUCGUGGGCGCCUGGCUGUCCAGCGCUGAGUGGUACAAGAGACUACAAAACGAUGCCCGCUUCUACGAUACAUACCAAAAGAGACGCACUUUUCAACGACGGCCGUAUACGUACGCGUACCUUCGCAAUUCAGUUGACGCUGCCAUGUUGGCGCUUGAAACGCCGCUUUUCUACAUAAAUGGAACUUUCGCGAUGAACUACGCUGGCUCGGGGAUCCUGCUGGCCAGAGAGAUUGCCAAAGCCAUCGACCCGCUAGGUGUGACGGUGAACGGCUAUGGCGAAAACAUCGCUUGGUGGGGCAAGACACAUUCGGCCGAGUACUACCGCCGCGUGCAGUGUCAAUUAGACCAGGAGCCCGGACUGCCAGCGGUGGGCGUCUUCCCUGCGAUACCAGCGCUUGAGGUGUCUUUCUCGGCCUUCAAAACGACCGUCCAGCGGCAUUCAACCCGUGCCGACGCCGUGAAUGACUUGCGACUUCAAGACCUUGAGGAAUACGUUGACGACCAGGUGUUCUUUUUAACCUACUGCUACGCACUGUGCUCCAAAGAAGGCGACACUAGCAGCCAACAAGAGUGCAACGUGCCGCUCCGCCACUUUUCUCACUUUGCAAAGGCCUUCAGUUGCCCUGUAGAGUCGCCCAUGAAUUCGAAAACAAAAUGCACAUUUUUUAAUUGACAGUCUGUUGCUCGGAUUGUUCUUGCAUUUAUCACUGAGAGCGCAGGAACGGGACAGAGCGAGGAAGUGGCUGAGACAAAGCGCCAUGUUGUACGUUUCAGCGCAAUGUGCUCUCUGCUUUCCAUCCUGUUUCUGCGCUCUUCUAAUUAGUGUUCUAUGUUGUUGUAAAAGAGCUGCUCUGAAGCCAACGUUAUCUAACAUAUGUCAAAGUGGCCUGUCAAUGAAGAGACCCGUGUAUUCUUUUACUUUUUUUUUCUUCGGACAUAUCUCAUUCUUUUCUUAGAAAUCUCAGUGUCACUUUUCGUGCCAUUGUAAAAAUUGCUCGGCAAGGCAUGCUGUUGCAUGGAGCCAACUUUCCGAAUAAAUUAUAUAGCGUCACGAGCACUUGCUAUGAAGAGUGCGAGAACAUGUAUAUUAGAAAGAAAAAUUGUCAUCCACCCGAAUGUGGAACGAAGCUACGAGGAAACCCAUACGGGUUUCUGAGAAUGAAAGCUGAGGAAAAAUUCGUCCUGAUCCGGGAUUCGAACCCGGGGUCAACGCCUUUCCGGGGUGGUCGCUCUGCCAUCUGAGCUAACCAAGAGGUUAGCAGAUGUGCAGC